GUGUGAAGUUUGGGUCACUGGUUCACUUGUUACAGUCUUGUUAUCAGCUUUACUUGAGCAUGCACGUUACCACACAGCAGCAUGCUUUGCUCAUGUUGUGGGAUUGCCUUAGGACUGGUUCUUUUUUCACUUCUUCAAAACAAUGCCUGUGGAGGAGAUCAUGUUCGGGAAGCAAUGAACACCUUACAGUUCAGGAUGGGAUGUUCCAUGCAUCAGGGAAAAAUGAAGUACUUCUGGCAGCGAGGAUACAAUCAGAAAAACAUCAAGCGAUAUGACUACACUGAGCAAAGAGCCAUCAUGGAACAUGAAUGUGUAAAGGAUGAAGUUGAAGCCGACAACAGGAACCCUAUACUUCGCAAAUCCAGACAGGAAACAGCAGAGAAAUUUUGUCAGAAGGCCAGAAGCAUCUUUGAUGAAUUGCCUGUACAUCUUGGAGAACUAGGUAAUAAUUCUGUUUCAAUUUCCCUGGAGAAUCAAGGAAAAGAGAACUAUCUUGUCUGUUUUGUUCGUGGCUUCCAUCCAAGUAACAUCAAAGUGACAUGGUUGAAAGAUGGGAAGGAAGAACUUUAUGGAGUCACAACUACUGGAGUUUUACCUCUGAGAGAUGGGACUUUUGUAAUGAAAAUGUACCUUUUCUUAGCAGACACUACAAAGGGUUUGUACAUUUGCCAGGUGGAACAUGAGUCCUUGAAGGGAAAGAUUAGGGUAUUGUGGGAGCAAAAAAGUGAAGUCCAGAGUUUUCCUGACAGCAUCAUAUGGAUAACAUUUAUUUUGGCACUCCUGCUAAUUUUGCUACUUGCCUGCAUUUCUAAAAUUCAGAAAGAUCAUCAAACUGCUACAAGCAAAAUUCCAGAGGAUAGAAAGGAAAUGGAUAAACUCUGUUCAAGUUCUAUGGGUGUUGGGAAUGAGGAAGAAUAAAUACAGUGUUCUGAAUUUGAAGGAACUCCAUGACAACUCAAAACAAGUGAAUAUAUUUGCUAUCAAUAUCUAGGAUUCAAAGAAAAUUUGGCAGCAUCAUGAAUUCCAAACAGGGAAGACAUGACACCGCUACUACAGGCAUCUGUUGACAUUAUAACACAUUCACAUGCUGAACUUUCAAAAGUUAGGUGUUACUGUUGUAGCAUGAAAAUAGAUAUGAGGCCUAAGGAACUGUACCAGAUUUCCAAAAACUGCACAUGGCUGAAUAAUAACUAAAGCAUCCUGCCUUCUCUGUUGAAUUUCAUGCUACACAAUUCUAGCAGAUAAAAGAAAAUUCAAAGUUUUAAAGAACAGUAAUGUGGUAUAAUCCUUGGCAGGCUGGGACCACUGACCAAUUUUCAGCCAGAUGAGGAUGCUAAUGGCAAUAUAGAUUUAUAGAUUAUUUGAAUUUUAUGUAUUAUUAAUACAUCUGUUUUACCAAAUUACAUUAUUCAUAUAUCAUA